GAUCAACACCAACAGCACAACAGGCAGGCAGUCAUGUCGGUGACCCUUAGUCGCUACAGGGCACUCCUGCCUCGCAAUGGAAGGAUGCUUCCCGGCUGCCCUCUAAGGCCGAGCACGACCACUUGUAUGCAUCCGGCAUCAUCAUCCGUCCCCUCGUCGAGAGGCUCCCUGUUAGACUUUGGCCGUCGAAGAGGGGGUGCAAGCGUUAGAAGUCUCGCCACCGUAUACCUGGGCCUCGGCAGCAACGUCGGCGACAGACACGCCAACCUGCUACGGGCCUACAAGGGGCUCCGCGAGUUUGGGGAAGUAGAUGCUACCUCGCUUCUGUACGAGACGCCUCCUAUGUACGUGGAGAACCAGCCGUGGUUCCUCAACGCUGCAUGUCGGUUGAGCACCGACCUUGCCCCGGCCGUGUUGCUUGAGCGCCUCAAGGCUCUCGAGGCUGCUGUAGGACGGAAGGACACCGCGAGAUGGGGGCCUCGGGCGGUGGACGUGGACAUCCUCUUGUACGACGACCUUGUGUUGGACGGUGGCAACGGUGGCGAUGGUGAUGAUGGUGGCGGUGAGAUAGUCAAGGCGAGAUGAUCAAAUUGCUAUGAACACAUCUUGGAUUCCGCGUCAGUUAAAGUUCUUGUUCAUGGAAAGAAUAGCCGUAGGACAUGGCGACUGUUGAUGGUAUAUGCUGAGGAGGUACCACUAUUAGGGACGCGUCCACUAGGGACCAGGGCCUACUUAGUGCGCGCGUCGGAGCUGAGUGGCGGCACAAAACGUCGUACGCAAGGGUGCGUGCGGAAAAUGGUGCUGUUGAACGUGAUCAAAUGCAGAGGAGGACACAGCAGUGUAGUGUAACGUCUGUUUCCGGUAACGAAGGUAACGGCACAUGGUGCUACACAAGCAAUGUCAUAGUGGCAGCAAUCGGGAGUUGAGAGCUACGGUAUUGGUCCGCAGCCAUCACCGCAGUCAUACCUCCUGACACGAUGUCGUCGCACAUGUUGUCGGCCGUGCUAUGCUGACCACCCUCAUGUUUGCAUCUUCCACCCAUUGUCCAACC